AUGGCCCAGCGUGCGCCAAAGUUCCCCACCCGGCCGGUGGCCCAGUUGCUUGGGUCGAAUGGCCCCGUCCACGCCCUCGCCUACUCCGCCUCCCCAGGGACCUACAUCCUCACAGGCUCCUCCGACCGCUCCAUCCGACUGUACAACCCCUCCAACACCACCCCUCCCCCAGCAGCCACCAACCACCACCCAGCAACAGCAUCACCACCACCCCCAAACCCCCAACCCCAACCCUUCCCUCAACCCCAACCCCCCUGCACCCCCCCUCCCCCAUCAGCAAACAAAUCCAGGCCUACACCUCGAACGCCUACGCCGUGCUCUCGCUGGCCAUCUCCCCCUCCAACGCGCACUUCUGCUCCCGGCGGCGGCGACCGCGCCGUGCUGCUGUGGGACGUGGCCACGGCCCAGACGGUGCGGCGCUUCGGGUCGGCGUCGACGGCGCACUCGCAUGCCGGGCGCGUGAAUGCCGUUUGUUUUGCGGGUGGUGGGGCGACAUCUGCGUCGGGGUCGGGGUCGGGGUCGGGGUCGGGGUCGGGGGGUGGUGGUGGGUUGGGGUUGGGUGGGGGGGAUAGUUUGGUUAUUUCGGGGGGUUUGGAUUGUACCGUGCGGGUGUGGGAUGUGCGGGCGGGCGGGGCGCGGCCGGUGCAGGUGCUGAGCGAGGCCAAGGAUAGCGUGACGGCGCUGGCGGUGGAUGGGGAGGUGAUCCUUGCGGGGGGCGUGGACGGGCGGGUGAGGGGCUAUGAUGUGCGCUUGGGGAAGGAUGGGCGGACGUUGCUCGUCGGGACGCUGGAUAGCAAGAUCCGGUUGAUGGAUCGGCGGGAUGGGGCGUGUUUGAGGACGUACGCUGCUGAGGGGUGGCGGAAUGAGGAGUUGAGGGUGCAGAGUGUUCUGGGUGGAGGGGAGAGGUUCGUGGUGGCGGGGGAUGAGAUGACGGGUACGAAGGAGGGGACGGGCGAUGAGGGGAGGAUAUGGGCGUGGGAUAUGUUGACGGGCAAGCUGGUGACUACGGUACCCGUCCCCUGGGGAAGCGGGAGUGAGAACCGCAAGAAGGCGAUCGGGAGAGACGGGAAGGAAAAGGAGCGGAAGAACGUGGUGAGCUGCAUUGCGUGGAAGGAAGACGGUUUCGGGAACCAGUUCUGCGUGGGCGGCACAUCCGGGGUGGUAACGGUGUUCGGUCAAUGA